AUGCGCUACUCCCUUUCAGCCCAGCUGCUGCUCCUGCUGGGCUCUUCGCAGCUCGUCCUCAGCUCCCCCGGCGACCAGGUCGUCAUCGCCCCCUCGACAUCAUCAGCAGAGGCAGACGGCGUCUCCGCGUGGGCCGUCGAGAGCCACAUCACCGCGGCCCUCGAGAAGCACGCCGACCCCGUCGAUGCCCUCGUCUCGCUGCAGCCCGAGAUGGCCGCCAAGAUGGCCGAGGCCCGGCUCCUCCACGUCGCUGGCGAGGCCAAGGCCGAGUGGAUGACGGAGGGAGACAAGCUGCGUCUGCGGCGCAAGGGCAAGAAGUUCCGCGACAUCACCGACUUCCAGGAGCUCUACACCGAGUCCGUCGACGCAAAGUCCGGAAAAGCCAACCUCCCCAAGAUCACGCACCAGCGCCUCGUCCGGCCCCUCUUCCCCAAGGUCAACCAGACCGAGAUGCACGACGUGCUCCGGCACAUGACGAGCUACUACAACCGCUACUACGGCGGGCCGACGGGCGAGGCGAGCUCCGUCUGGCUGCACGACCACAUCGCCGGCAUCAUCGCCGCGUCGCCGCUGCACGCCCACAUCUCGCUCGAGUACUUCACCCACGAGUUCCCGCAGUCGUCCAUCAUCGCCCGCUUCGAGCCCAAGGUCCGCGACUUCUCCAAGCCCCUGACCAUCAUCGGCGCCCACCAGGACUCGGCCAACUACCUGUUCCCGCUGCUGCCGGCCCCGGGCGCCGACGACGACUGCUCCGGCACCGUCAGCAUCCUCGAGGCCUUCCGCGUGCUCGCCACUAGCGGCUACGUGCCCCAGGACGGGCCCGUCGAGUUCCACUGGUACGCCGCCGAGGAGGGCGGCCUGCUGGGCAGCCAGGCCGUCGCCGCGUACAAGAAGAAGGAGGGCGCGACCAUCGGGGCCAUGCUGGAGUUCGACAUGACGGCCUUCGUCGCGCGCAACGCCACCGAGUCCAUCGGCUUCAUCAAGACGGACGCCGACGCGCCGCUGACGGCCUGGGCCGUCGGCCUGAGCGAGGAGUACAUCAACAUCACGACGAGCGUCUACGAGCUGAUGCCGGGCGCCGGCUCCGACUACAUGUCGUACACGAAGCUCGGCUUCCCCGCCGCGUUCGCCUCGGAGGGGAACCCCGUCGCCGGCGGCUUCCCGGGCGAGUUCGACCCGUACGUGCACACGGAGAAGGACACGAUGUGGGUGGACGACGAGACGGGCGUCUUCUCUGUCGAUCACAUGGCGCGCUUCUCGGAGCUGGCCAUUGCCUUUGCCAUUGAGCAGUCCGGCUGGGAUAACAAGUGGAGGUGA